AUGGACAACGUAACGUUCAACAUGGAUACUCUGCUCCUGGAGGGGUUAAAGGUCAACCCCCAGUCCUCUGUUCCAGCCUUCAUCCUCCUCCUCCUCAUCUACAUCUUCAUCAUGGUGUCCAACAUGAGCCUGGCGGUGCUGAUCUUCACAGAGAGGAGCCUCCACCAGCCCAUGUACCUGCUCUUCUGCAACAUGAGUAUUAACGAUGUGUUCGGGGCGACGGCCGUCAUCCCUCGCCUGAUAAUUGACAUCUUUACUCCGAUCACGGAGCGGUACAUUCAUUACUACGAGUGUGUCAUUCAGGCUUUCUGCGCUCACUUUCACGGAGGCACGUCACACACCGUGCUCAUGAUCAUGGCUUUCGACCGCUACGUGGCCAUCUGCAACCCGCUGCGAUACGCCACCAUCAUGACCAACCGGAUGGUGGUGAAGUUGUCGGUGUUGGCCUGGGGGGUAGCUUUUGUCCUGAUAGCGGUUAGUGUAGGCCUCAGCGUCCGCCUGUCGCGCUGCAGGCGGAUCAUAUUCAACCCGUUCUGCGACAACGCCUCCUUGUUCAAGCUGUCGUGUGAAAACGUCAUCAUCAACCAUAUCUACGGCCUCUGCAGCGCCAUGGGCCUGAUGGCCGUGUCCCUGUGCACCGUCACACUCACCUACCUGCAGAUCGCCAAAGUGUGUCUGAGCAGUAAGAACAAGGCGCUGAACAGCCGGGCGCUGCAGACCUGCGCCUCCCACCUGGCCGUGUACAUCAUCCUGCUCUUGUCGGGCGGCGUCAUCAUCGCCCUCCAUCGUUUCCCUCGCUUGGCGGACGAAAGGAAGCUGGCGUCCAUCUUGUUCCACUUGGUUCCUCCUUCCAUGAAUGCCGCCAUCUACGGCCUGCAAAUCAAAGAGAUCAGACAGAAAGUUAGGAUCGCAUUUAAAAUGAAUAAAAAGACGGCGUCGGAGGUGAAAUGA